AUGACGACACUUGUCCCCCGCCCCCCCUACACCAACGAGGAGCUCCGGCAGCUCUAUCCCAAGAGACUCGAGCUCCAGUUGGUGCAGAUAUUCCUACGACAUGGUAUGGCGAGAACGAACUCCUGUCUCUACGAGAUUCCAGAAUACUGGAUUGCACCCAUGUAUUUGACUCUCGGCCACCCUCCCUCUUCACCUUUCCCGGACUGGCCGUACUGCAACAUCGCUUCCCGGUUGGCUGCCAUGGCAUCGUCCAGGCAGGACCUCUCUACCUGGGAUACCUUCCAGUGGAAAAGAAGGAUGGAACGCUUCGGAGACGCGGACGAGCCCGUCAUUGCGCUUGGGCCUAAGGGAGAAGUCGACGGCAUCUGCCAGCUUGGAGAGUUGACUGAUAAAGGCCGCCAGACCACCUUCGAACUCGGCCAGAGACUCAGAUACCUUUACGUUGAGCGGCUUGGCUUCAUGCCCGAGAUCAUAUCGAAUACAGAUAACAUAUACCUCCGAUCAACUCCUAUCCCACGGGCCCUGGAGUCAUUGCAGAGUGCCUUCUGGGGGAUGUACCCGCCGAGUGCCAGAACUGCAGACUUCGUCCGGCCAUCCAUCGUCGUCAGGUCAGCUGCUGAGGAGACCCUCUUCCCCAACGAGGGAGGCUGCCACCGGUUCAGACAGCUGGCAAGGCUCUUUGCUCAGCGUGCCGCAGAUAAAUGGAAUGACUCGGAAGAGAUGGCAUAUCUCAACUCCACCUGGUCAAAGUGGAUGCCUGCAGACUCUCCGCGCGUUGCUGUUGAUUCGCGCCCCCGGCUCUCUGGCAUCAUGGAUACAGUUGCCUCUACUUACGCGCACGGGCCCAAUACCCGUCUGCCAGCCGAGUUCUACGACCCAAAGGCCCGUAAUAUUGCUGACAAGAUAGCCGUUGAUGAGUGGUUUACCGGAGCCCAGGAGAGCAGAGAGUACCGCAAGCUUGCCAUCGGUGCACUCAUGGGCGACGUUGUUGAGAGAAUGGUUCAUACCGCUGCCUACAAUGGCUGGAGACCAAUGGCUGCUGCAUCUCCAUCAGGAGGGGAAAGUCCAGCCGUCAAACUAGCAAUGAGCGGCUGCCACGAUACCACUCUUGCCUCCAUGCUGGCCAGCAUCGGCGCAUUCAAGGACGAAAAAUGGCCCCCUUACACCUCCUCUAUUGCGGUGGAGUUGUUCAAGGACGUCUCUGAGCCGGCCGGUGGGAUGUCCGGAUCGCCGGCGGGACUGGUCCUAGAAGAAUUCUCUGGGCCGUCCACCCAGAAGCCAGCAUCAGACAAGCCGUCCUUCCUCUCCUUUCUCAACGGUAAGAAAAAGCAGCCAGCCAGCCAGCCUGCUAGUCUCGCUCGCUCCUCCCAGGCCAGCCAGCCUUCGCUAUCAAAGCACUACGUCCGCAUUCGCUACAACGACAAACCUGUUACUAUCCCUGGCUGCGCAGCUAACCCAGCCAACCACCUGCCUGGAGACAAGUCUUUCUGCACGCUGGAGGCGUUCAAGGAGAUUGUCGACAAGUUUACGCCUGCCGACUGGCGACAAGAGUGUGGCAUGAAUCUCGACAAGGGCAUGUUCCCCGAAGGAGAGCAGCAGCCAGCCGGCUACUAA